AUGUCUAGGCGCUCCCAAGACGUCGCUCUCCUGUCUCCCGACGAGCAGGAUCUCAAGCACGAUCUCGAGUCCGGAAAGAUCCAGAGUGAAUCCAAGGACCAGAACAUUGACCAUGAAUACUCAAUACCCAGCGCCGUCAAGUUCACCUGGCUUGGAACCUACUUUUUCUUCUCUCUCAUCCUGACGCUCUACAACAAACUCGUCCUCGGCGUGUUUCACUUCCCAUGGCUGUUGACCUUCCUCCACACCUUGUUCGCCAGUCUUGGAACAUAUGCCAUGCUGCAGAUGGGCUACUUCAAGCUAUCACGCCUCGGUCGUCGCGAGAACCUUGCCCUCGUCGCAUUCAGCGCCCUCUUCACCGCCAACAUUGCCGUCUCGAACCUUUCCCUCGCCAUGGUCUCGGUUCCCUUCUACCAGACGAUGCGCAUGCUUUGCCCCAUCUUCACCAUCAUCAUCUUCCGCGUGUGGUACGGCCGAACAUAUAGCACAAUGACAUACAUGUCUCUCAUUCCUUUAAUCAUUGGUGCCGCCAUGACCACCGCCGGUGAAAUGAGCUUCUCUGAUGCCGGCUUCCUCCUAACCAUUUUGGGCGUCGUCCUCGCCGCUCUCAAGACGGUCGUCACCAACCGGUUCAUGACCGGUUCACUGGCCCUCCCGCCCGUCGAGUUCCUUAUGCGCAUGUCUCCCCUUGCUGCGCUCCAGGCUCUGGCCUGCGCCACGGCCACCGGCGAGGUAGCUGGCUUCCGCGAGCUUAUCAAGACCACCGAUAUUUCCGUGGUCCCUGCAACUGCUUCUCUGGCCGGCAACGGUUUCCUGGCACUGCUUCUCAACAUUUCGUCCUUCAACACCAACAAGUUGGCCGGUGCUCUGACCAUGACAGUUUGCGGCAACCUCAAGCAGUGUUUGACUGUCAUGCUCGGCAUUUUCCUGUUCAACGUCACUGUUGAUUUCCUCAACGGGGCGGGCAUGGCCGUCACCAUGAUGGGCGCCGCCAUCUACAGCAAGGCCGAGUUGGACAACAAAAACCGGAAGAAGCAGCAGGAGGCGGUCUUCAAGCCCACCGAGCAGAGGUAG